GGAAGGGAAGGGAAGGGAAAGGAAGGGAAGGGGAUGUGGCGGCGGUGCCACCGCCGCUCCAGCGGCUGCAGCCGCCGCUGCGAAGCGAAGCCCCGGGGGGGUAACGGGGCGGCGGGCAGGGCUCCCCCGGCCGCCGGCAGCGCCCGCUCGCUCGGCCCCUCCGCUCCUCCCGCCGGCCCCUACCACCCCCCGCCCUCCCCGGGCCCUCCCCGGGCUCAGCGGCCCGCCCGGUUCUCCCCCCUCCCCGGGAGCCGCGUAGCCGGAGCCCUCCUUACCUGGCGGGCCGAGCCCCGCUGCCUCUCAGCGGCGGCGCUGGGCGGGGGCGGCCCCGGCGGCCAUGCCCGGGCGGCCGCGCCGCUCUCCCGCGCCGUGCGAGCCGCCUCGGCGGUGUCAGCGGGCGGGAGCCCCGCGCGGCGCCGGGAGCGAGGGGAGGGACGGCGGGGGCAUGACCGAGCGCCGUCGGAAGUGCACGCGCGCCCGCCGCCUGCCCGCGACCGCGGCGACACCUGCCGGCAGCGCCGCCGGUGGCACCGGGCACGCACCCGGCGGGGGCGGCGCGCACCGCGAGCCGCGGGGCACCGCGGGCACCGGGGCAGGGGGCGGGCACGGCACGCCGGGCACCGCGGGCACCGGGGCGGGCGCUGGGCAGGGCAUACCGGGCACCGCGGGCACCGGGGCAGGGGGCGGGCACGGCACGCCGGGCACCGCGGGCACCGGGGCGGGCGCUGGGCAGGGCAUACCGGGCACCGCGGGCACCGGGGCAAGGGGCGGGCAUGGCAUACCGGGCACCGCGGGCACCGGGACGGGCGCUGGGCAGGGCAUACCGGGCACCGCGGGCACCGGGGCAGGGGGCGGGCACGGCACGCCGGGCACCGCGGGCACCGGGGCGGGCGCUGGGCAGGGCAUAUCGGGCACCGCGGGGCGGGGGCGAGCAUGGUACGCCGGGCACCGGGAUGGGCGCUGGGCAGGGCAUACCGGGCACGGCACGCCGGGGUGGGCGCUGGGAAUGGCAGAACGGGCACCGGGGCACGGCACGCCGGGCACCGGGGUACGACACACCGGGCACCGAGGCGCGGCACACGGGCGCCGGGGCAUGACGUACCGGGCAACGGGGCGAGCACUGGGCAUGGCACAUCAGGUACUGGGCACUGGGAUGGGCACUGGGCAUGGCAUGCCCGGCACUAGGGUGCUCCACACGGUGCGGUGAGUCCUGGGUGCCAGCAGCAAGAACCGUAUGGCAGCUUCUGGGCAGCAUGGGCUGAGUGUUAGGGAGCAGGCAUGGGAGGGUGGCAGCGGUGCUGGGUACAGGGAACCCUCCCGGGCACCACCUGCCAGGUGCUGGUACUGGGCACUGGUGCUGGGUGCAGGGUAGUCCAUUGGGCAGCAUCCACCAGCUGCUGGCAGUGGGCAGGAUGAGGACGCUGGGUCAGGGCUCAGGUCUGGAUUUGGAGGUGGGGCUGCUUCUGGGCUUUGAUCCACAUUUGGAUUAGGGCUGGACCAUGUAUGGGUCUACACUUAGGUGUGGGUCUGUAUUUAGAUGAGUAUUUGGAUCUGGAUUCUGAUCCACAUCUGGAUUUGCAUUUGGAGCUGGAUUUAGGUAUCUGGUGUAAGCCCUUGCUGUUGGGAGGUUGCAGCUGAUUACCCGUGUGCAUCUCACUCGUGCCAGUGGCCACCAGACCUGCUUUGCACCAAGAGGGGUGGCACCCGGGACCCCUCCGUGCGUGUGUCCCCGGUGCUGACACCCAGCUUUGGCCAUGGCAACGUGUGCAGAUAUUUUAAGAGGAAGAUUCUGUGCUCUCGCAGCUUGACUGCUAAUUUAUAAUCCUGUUUUCCUAUUAAAAUAAAAGCCUCUCUCUUAUUCCCGAACGUGAGAGCCAAAGCAGAGCUCUGA